AUGUCUACACUGCUAGACAUGACCCCAGCUGCAUAUCGACAACAGCUAAACAACACCACCACAUCACUCAAACCGGAAACACUAACCAUCACCCUCCUCAUCUGCGACGCCCCAACAAGACGCCUCCUGACAAUCCUCCCAGUCUCGAAGAAGAAGAAAACCCCCGCACACCCCUUCCUCCCGGAAACGACGACUUCUUCUUCCUCAUCAACAACAAGCACGAUCCGAUCCGAAAUCAACCGCCUCAUGCAGACAUGGACCAGUCUUCCCGCCACGGGGUAUGCGAUCCACACACCCCCUCUUCACGUGGACGUCCACGAAGCAGCAGCAGCAGGAGGCCAGUGCUUUUUCCGCGUAGAUAUCACGGAUCGCGACGCCGAUCUGAAUGCGGAGAAGAGUUUGAAAGACGCGCUGCGGGAGGUGGAUGGGGAGAUGAUCGGGUUGGAAUUCCGCUUUGUGAAGACGGUGGGGGAGGUUAAGUGGAGGGGUGCGGAUGCUGAGAGGAUGUUGGUGGAGGAGGUUUUGAGGAAGGUCUUUGGGGAGAUGGAGGCGGGAGAGGGAGGAGGAGGAGGAGGAGGAGAGGGCGAGGAGGUUGAGGGGGGCUAUAUUUAA